UCGGGACGUGAACUUGCAGUUUCCAGCAUGGAAGGCGGCCGCUGUGACCCGUUGGCUAAAAACCCAUGCCGGCUCUAGCCUGAGUGGCCAGAGUAUCCUUUAGCUGUCCGUGCAGUGAGGCUUAUAGACUACGACUGCACAACGACUCCUGCUGGCCUCCAUCAGACUUGUGCUUAAAUGCACUUAAGCAAAUGGCAAAUAAACUGUGUUCUAUGUUAACAGACAAAAUCAGCCCUGCUGCAGGCCCACAGCCCCUCAUCAACAACAUGGAUGCACACAGUAACAUGCUCAAGCUUUGUUUUCUUGACAAGGACAACAUAAGUCAUUUGUCAUGGGAGAUUUAAAUUUUACAGGAGGCCAUCAAAAUAUGGCCAUCAGGUAUUGUGAAGGCAUUGGGUUUGUCUGUCUGUCUGUCCGGUCCUACAACUGCCAGAGUCUUUAAAUUUAAAGUGAUGACUCAACUGAAAGGGAAACUUGAGAGGAGGCUGAAGGACAAUUUUUUGGCUUUGCUGUGAGCUACAAACUUAAACAGCUAAGUCCUGAUUUGACAAAGAAAUGUGAGUCUGAUUUCAUUCUGUUCUAUGAAAGAGCACAGAAAUGUGUGACUGAUAGGUCUGAGAACAGCUUUCACAGCAAAGUGUCAAAGCUCAGCCUCACUAGUGCUGUGUCUUAUGAAGGCUACAGUGAUGCAGUCGAGGCCUGCAAACUGAAAUAUGUUGAUACGGAUGGACUGAAAAUUCUGUUGAAUUGCACAUCUUCCACUCUUAAAACAGAAAUAUUGUUUAUUUGAUUGAUAAAGGGGCUUUAUUGAACUAGUACAAAUUGUGCACAAGGCAGUAGGAUCUUAAUAAUUAAAGAAUUGCAAAUGAUGAAGAACACAAUGCUCAUACAGCCGAGGGUAUUUUAGCUUUGCGUUAUAUUUUUAUUUUCCAUGACAUUAUGAGGUGCAUCCAAAAAAUAUCCACCCUUAUUUUAUCCCACAGAAAUAAAUGAAGCAUGUGUAUUGUCAUUUAGUGAGGAGGUGUACGGAACCUUCUUGCACAUGCAUGAAUAUUUUAUUGUCCACAGAACACAUCAGUCACGAGCCUGAAAACCUGAAAAACUGAAAAUGGAGACGUGUACUGAGCACCUGUCGGAUUUUCAUUUGCUGUGAAAAGAUGGAACAGCUUGAGGCCAUUCACAAGCUGAAAUCACCAAUCUGUGAUACAUAGAAAAUUAUUCCAGGUUCAUGAGUGGAAACAUGCACCGGACCAUGACAAUUCCCACUCAUCAGGUAGUCCAAGGAAUCCAACUGACCACCUGCGGGGAAUGGUCACACAGUUACUUUUGGGACAAAGAGUUUUGGUCCUUAAGGGAAUCUCUCAAAACGGUAAAGAUUGAAGAUUCGCUUGGGAAAGUUCAUCCCUCAGCAUUAUGAAGUCACAUGUUAACAUUUGAUCUUAAUAAGUCAACAUUACCAAACGCUGGUGGUGGCGGCUGCUUUUUUUACCAGCUGGCGGUUAGAUGAGGACAGCAUCAGUGGAAGUGGAAACUCGUGAUCUGAACAUCCAAAUGUACAGCUGGCUGAAUUUGAUUGGAUGACAGAGUGUGGGACCCACAGCCAGUGAAUGUGUGAAGAACUGAGCAACAUGAAGCACAUCAGCCAAUAAAAUGACAACUUAAACAGUCGACCCAAACACUUCUCUUUCUUAUUGGCUCCAGCAGGAAGCAGAAACGGCAUAUAAACCACAACCACAACACCACCGAGGAUGUACGGGGUCAGGUGCACCCGCAAAGAUGAAUCCGUCAGUGCUGCUCGUGACCCUGCUGCUUCUGUCCUGUACCAGUGCAGAGAAAGAUCUUAAAGUAAGGGUGGCUCGAUCCAGCAACGAUGAGACCAACCUACACUGGGAGGAAUAUAAAGGAUCUCUGCCUGAUGGAGCUGUUUCGAUUCGAAACACUUACGUGAGUCCGGCUCGCACAGAGUAUGUCUGCAAAUGUCUUUGCCAAGCUGGUUACUUCAGCACCAAGGAUUCAAAGUGCCACUACCCCUUUGGUGGAAAAGCAAGUAUUUGCAAUGUCUUCUUUUAUAUCCUGGUGAACAGAGAUAACUUUGAGCUUCUGGAGUGGAAGGACGGUUACGGUGGUUCAGUGCCAGCCAACGCAGUCAGUACAUGUGGUAGGAAUAAGAUAUUUGUAGGGAAGAGUGUGUAUGGUCUCGGGAAAAUAGAGCCUGCUAACCACUGCUUAUAUUAUGGUUGGAACGGUGCAGAGACCUGGACCAAGACGUACCAGGCUCUGACUAUGAAUAAAGACAUUACUGAACAGACCAUGAAAGAUGUGAAAUACCAGACUGAAGGGGUUUCUGUCAUUGAGGGUAAACCAGAAGUCAUGCGCAGAUCUACCGCCAAAAACCAGCACUGUCUCGAAGUUACAAAAACAGUUACGCUCACCAAAGACAUUUCGACAGAGGAAAGGUGGGAUGUCACUAAUGCAAUCACAUUAGGUGUCAAAACUACUGUCACAGCUGGGAUUCCUGAUGUUUCCUCUGCAUCACUUGAGGUUAGCAUGAUGGGAACGAGGGAGUUUACUAAGGGAGCCAGUAAGACUGAGACUCAGUCGUACAUGGUUUCUGUGUUAGUGCCAGUUCCACCAAAACAGUCCUGUACUGUCAGUAUGGUUGCACAGGUGAACAAAGCAGACAUCCCUUUCACAGCAACCUUGAUCCGCACCUACCGAGGUGGCAAGAAAACACAGACAACGACCAAAGGGUUCUAUAGGACGACCCAGGUAGCAGAAACCCACGCAAACAUAGAACAAUGUACCAUCAUAGGUGACUUGAAAGAUUGUCCACAGGCUUCAAGCACCAGCAGCCCACAUUAAAAAAAGCCUGUUAAAGUAACUGGAAAAUAAAAGGAAAAUAUCUUCUUUCUUUGUUUCAGCAAAAUGCAGAUGUGGUAACUUAUUCUGACUUCUUAUAAAAGCACACAUACAGUUACAUUCUUACAUUUCCUCACUGCAGGCUGUCGAAAAAUCAACUUUUGACAUAUUGCCUCAAACGGCACAUUAUCCAGUGAAAAAAUAUGUUGUUUUGACUCUACAUUGAAGAAAAAUAUGAAAAUCUUAUAUUCACUUGGUUGGAAAUGAAUAAAGUCUUAUGUAGUUUGUCAAAUACAAAAUUUUACUGCUACGAAAUAAUGAUGAAAUUAUUCACAUUCUGAUGGUUUGGUACAAUAAGAUGUUGCUGCUUAUCGUGAUCAUUUUAAUUGAAUUGAAGUGUUUUAACAACAUGGAAAGUGUUUAAAAUGAUGUAUCUCAGUAUGAAUUAAAAUAUUUGUAUUUUAAUGUCACAAUAGAGAUUCUGAAAUGAUCCUUCAAAUGUUUUGAAUGAAGACAUUUCGACUGUCGUCUUUUGAAGACACAGUAAAAUUUCAAUGAAUUUGUUUGAACAUUGCUUUUGAUUUGAUGAUGUAAGAAGCUUUGCAAUGAGAACGAUGAUGUCAGAGUGUACUGAUGAUGCUUAGCCAAUAAGAAACCAACACGUGUGUCUCCAUCUUUGGAAACC